AAUUUCUAUAUGUGACACGGCACCAGAGUUAAGUUAGGGUUUUUCAAAAUGCUGACACGCCGAGCUCAAAAGGUUCGCCAUCACUGUCCUAGACUAUCAAUCUGUGUAUUUGCCAAAAUUAUUUACAACCUGACACACAUUUUCCCAUAAACAAUGCAUAGAACCAAAAUAUUGCAUUUGACCUUCAAGAAAUUGUGCAUCACUUGGCAAAAAUCUGAAAUGUACUUUGCAAAGUACAUUGAGGCACUAAUUUUGAAAAGAAGAUAAUUGCUGUUUUAAAUAAAAUCAUAUACAUUAUUAUAAGAACCAAACUAAGCAAAUUAUAUCAGAUUUCCUAAUCCAAUGAUCAAUGUAGUAAAUGUAAUAUGCCCAGAACUUGAAAACCUUUAGAAUCCUUCAAACCCAGGGUGGAUAUAAUAUUUUGCUGUUGUUUGCUUAGUCCUACUCUCAACAUAAAUUUUCUAGGUUUGAUGAUAUAAGGAAUAAAAAAGAAAUUAGCUAAGAUCAAACAAGGUUAUGAUUUGAGCACUUUGAACCAAUAACUUUACAUUUGAGUACUAGUAGAUGAUACGAAAUUUUUGUUAGUUAUUAAGUCCAUUUUUUAAAACCCCUGUUGGUGGAAGGUGUAGACUUUAAUUUCUUCUCCAAUAGAGUUAAUGAACUAACUGGAAACUAUCUCAUUAUUUUCCUGAACCCCCUAGUGAGGAAAAAAAAAAGGCCAUUCUCAUCUAAUAGCUAGAGAAACUGAGUAACUAGUAGAUGUAACUGUACUCAUUUGCAAAGGAAAAUUAUAGCCUUAAUAUACCCUGAGCUGUAGAUAUGAAAGAUAUUGCAUACACAUAUAUCCUCUCCUUUAUUUUUAAGGAAGAAAUACCUGUUUCUUAAAGUAUAUAUAAACCCUUGGUCCUAUACCUUUUGGCAGCAUAAAUUAUUGCUUCAUGGCCUGACAGGGCAGUCACCUUUUAAAUUUACUUUUAAAUAAUCUUUCCUUAAUCCAUGCAAGGAUUAGGCCAAUCGUGAAUAUUCAGAAUUUCUUCGUGUUUGUUUUUAUUCUAUGGAUUUUGGAACUGCAAAAACUCAGGCCCUGGCCUUGUGGCUCAGUUGGUUGGAACAUCUUCCCAUGCACUGAAGGGUUGCUGGUUCAAUUCCUGGUCAGGACAUAUGCCUAGGUUUUGGGUUCAAUCCCUGGGUGGGGUGCAUCCAAUUGAUGUUUCACAACUCUCUCUCACUCCCUUCCUCUCUCUCUCUAAAAAUCAAUAUAUAGGCCUUUGGAUGAGAAUUAAAAUAAAAACCUCAGGAAAUAACUCUUUGCAAAGUACAUUGAGGCACUAAUUGGAAAGUAAAAGAAAACAACACAAAUUGAAUGUAUUUUUAGUUCCAUAAAAAUGAAUUUGAGCCCUGGCUAGGUGGCUCCCCUGGUUGAAGCCCGGUCCCUACACCAAAGAUGUUUCAUGCCCAGUCAGGCUGUGAACAGGAGGCAACCAAUCGAUGUUUCUCUCUCACAUUGAUGUUUUUCUCUCUCUCCUUUCCUCUCCCUAAAAUCAAUAAAAACAUAUCUUCAUGUGAGGAUUAAAACAAAGUAAUUUGACAUUUCACAUAGAAAUUGUAAACCAUCAUAUGGUUUUGAUUUCUUCUCAAUUUGUUUUGCAAAAAAGUGGAGUGUUUCACUUGAAUGGAAAUGUUCUCAAGUUACUCCAGUACUACUGCAGGAUUGAUUCUUGUAGAUUAAAGGAAUGCCAGAGUUAGGUGCUUUAUAUUUUAUAUUUUUAUUUUUAAAAAGAUCAUUAUCUUUUUUUAAAUGGAUUUAGGACAUGUGAAAACAGAUUAGGAAAAUGUAAUCAUUUCAGUAUUACCAACAUAGGGCUUUGUGUAAUGAGUAUGACAUCAUGACAGUGAAGUAUAUAUUUUUAGGCUUUAAACAGGAAAAGCUUUAUCUUGGUAUAGCCAAUAGAAAUACAAUAUGUAAAUUAACUCAUGUUAUCUGUAGGCUGAUUGGCUUCAGUUUCCCUGACGUCACAUUCUCACCACCCAACAAUGAGGUAUUUUAUUGCUGUUCGGACAUCAAUUUAUUACUGUAAAGAUCUUUAUUUUUUUUCUGUUUCAUUAACAGAUUAUUACAAAGCAAUAAAGCAUGGGUGAGAAGCAGACGUUUUACGUUGGGAAUGAAUGAAAGCAAGUCUGCUAGUUUUUUUGGAAGUGGGGAGUUGUUUAAAAUCUCUUAUUACCCCACCAACAAAAUUCUUCCGAAAUGGCAACAUAAGGAAAUGCAUGAUAGAGGCAUCCCUAAAGCGCCCCGGUGUCAGGCCAUGUGGUGUGCUGUGGUACCACUGGGCCUUUAUGUAUUCCUGGUAUUUUUCUUCAGUAAUAACAAAGGGAAACACACACAGGUGCUUUGACAUGACCAACCUAUUGGUAAAUCGCACUUGCAAGACGAAACGAAAGUCUGUUGCUCCUUAGGGUGAAAGGCGAGGAAUAGUCAUUUACAUUUUUUGUAGAUUUAUUGCUCUCCCCCAGCCCCCUCCCCACCCCGUAACUUGCAAAUCCCAAGGUCAGUGGCGCUGCUGGGGACCACUCUAAAGAGGAAGGAGGAAAAGGUUCGCGGAAGGCGAGGGUCCGGGAAGAGGGGCGGGCGCCCCGGGCCAGGUGGCCUCUCGGCGCUGCCCUCGGGGGGCUGGGCCUGCGGCCCCCAGCCAGCCUCUCCGCUUCCCACUUCCAAUGCGGGAACGGGUGGAGUUCAGAAGCCACCGCAGGGAUACAGAAGCCUCAUUCUGCCAGUUCAGCAGGCCCGGACCUGCAGCCGACUUGGCCGGCCCCGGGCGCGGGUCCGCGCUGAGCCGCGCCGAGGCCCCCGCAGCCCCUGCCCUGCGCCGCUGAGCGAGGCCGCCCUGCGCCAGGCGGACGCGGCUGGAACUCGUGGAGGCUCAGCGCGCAGGCGCCGCCGAGCCCUGCCUGGAUGCUCAGUCAAAGCACUAAGGCCAAAAAAAAAUAAAAAAUAAAAAAUAAUCAGCAAUUUAUAGAAAGAAGAAGCUAUAGUCUGUCGGGAUGCCCAACACCAACAGGUAGGAGGCCAGCCUCUCGGUUAAGUUUGUGGGGAGGAGGGCUCACGGUGUCGAUGGAACUGCAGGUUCGCCAGGAAAGCGCUCCCCCUCCCCCCCAGGUGGGUUUUUUUUGUUUUGUUUUGUUUUUUUUGUUUUUUUUACAAUAAACUACAUAAUGGAAGUACAUUCGGACAAUGCAUCUUCAGUCGGGCUUAUUCAAAGCUCCAUUUUUGGAAAGCGUUGCAAGACUGAGGACUACCAGCCUGCGAGCCGCCGGAAACAGUUCCCUUGCAGCACAGAAACAAUCUUCUCGCACCAUCUUCGCAUAUUCUGAUGGCAAAUCAAAUGGAAGAAAAGAGGAAGCAUGACAGCAGAUUGGAUCGAUUCUCUUUGUGGAUUACAUUUUCAGUAAAAUGUAUGGGUCUGUCUUUUCCUUGUUCUAUCUAGAUCAUGAGACUUGACUAAGGCUGUAUCUUUAGCCUCCAUCCAUCUAUGGCGAACUAUAGCCAUGCAGCUGACAACAUUUUGCAAAAUCUCUCCCCUCUAACAGCCUUUCUGAAACUGACUUCCUUGGGUUUCAUAAUAGGAGUCAGUGUGGUGGGCAACCUUCUGAUUUCCAUUUUGCUGGUGAAAGAUAAGACCUUGCAUAGAGCACCUUACUACUUCCUGUUGGACCUUGGCUGUUCUGAUGUCCUCAGAUCUGCAAUUUGUUUUCCAUUUGUAUUCAACUCUGUCAAAAAUGGCUCUACCUGGACGUAUGGGACUCUGACUUGCAAAGUGAUUGCCUUUCUGGGGGUUCUGUCCUGUUUCCACACUGCUUUCAUGCUCUUCUGCAUCAGUGUCACCAGAUACUUAGCUAUCGCCCAUCAUCGCUUUUAUACAAAGAGGCUGACUUUUUGGACGUGCCUGGCUGUGAUCUGCAUGGUGUGGACUCUGUCGGUGGCCAUGGCGUUUCCCCCAGUUUUAGAUGUGGGCACUUACUCAUUCAUUAGGGAGGAAGAUCAAUGCACCUUCCAACACCGCUCCUUCAGGGCCAACGAUUCCUUGGGAUUUAUGCUGCUCCUUGCUCUCAUCCUCCUAGCCACACAGCUUGUCUACCUCAAGCUGAUAUUUUUUGUCCACGAUCGAAGGAAAAUGAAGCCAGUUCAGUUUGUAGCAGCGGUCAGCCAGAACUGGACCUUUCAUGGCCCCGGAGCCAGCGGCCAGGCAGCUGCCAAUUGGCUAUCGGGAUUUGGAAGGGGCCCCACACCACCUACCUUGCUGGGCAUCAGGCAGAAUGCAAACCCCACGAGCAGAAGAAGGCUAUUGGUCUUAGAUGAGUUCAAAAUGGAAAAAAGGAUCAGCAGAAUGUUCUACAUAAUGACUUUUCUCUUCCUAACCUUGUGGGGCCCCUACCUGGUAGCCUGCUAUUGGAGAGUUUUUGCAAGAGGGCCUGUAGUACCGGGAGGAUUUCUAACAGCUGCUGUCUGGAUGAGUUUUGCCCAAGCAGGAAUCAAUCCUUUUGUCUGCAUUUUCUCCAACAGGGAGCUGAGACGCUGUUUCAGCACAACCCUUCUUUACUGCAGAAAAUCCAGGUUACCAAGGGAACCUUACUGUGUUAUAUGAAGGAGCAUCUGUAAAUCUUUAGCCUUCUGAAACACUGACCUUCUCUGUUAAGCAACUAUGGCCUGUAGCCAUAUCUUGAGAAGAAAAUCAAGAAUGGGAUUAGUGGUUAUAGGGAUUUGGGGGACUUUCUGCAGUCUUUGCAAUUGUUCACCGAUAAUCCUAUUUUAAAUCUCAGAGUGAUCCUGCUGACUGCCCAUGGAGGUUUGAUACUGAGAAAGGACCGAACCACUGCCCUGAGUUUCUUUAUGUGGUUGAAAACUAGGUAAUGAAAUUAGCAGGUGCUAAGUAUCAGUGCUAAAUGCUGUGUAUAUCACUACUUAUGAAAAAAACAUUUCAAAAAAAAACUAGCAUUGGACAUCUUAAUAAGUUAAGUUGACUUGAGGUAAAUAUGUUGAUAAAAACUAAUUUUAGAAGUUUGAAGAGUUUAAAACAUUUCAUACUAUUAUUGUUUUGCAAAUACUAAAAUACUUGGGGACUUAAAGUACCAUAAUCCACUAAAGAUAUGCCAUGAAUUAUUGAAUUGUGACAUUUAAAAAAAUCAUCAUGUAAGUUUGGAGGUGCAUUCCAAAGCAGUAUAUUGGUUCCAAUUAGAGUUUACUUUUUUUAAAAAAAAAAUGUGUGUUUAUUGAUUUUUAGAGAGAAAGGAAGAGGGAGGGAUAGAGAGAUAGAAAUAUUGAUGAGAGAGAAACAUCAUUAAUGGGCUGUGUCCUGCACGCCCCCUACUGAGGAUUGAGCCACAAUCCAGGCAUGUGCUCUGAACAGGAAUCAAACUGCUGACCACUUGGUUCCUGGGUAGACACUCAACUGCUGAGCCACACCAGCCGGAGCUAGAAUCUACUUUUUAAAAAUUAAUGCAUUACCAUUACUAAAUACCACUUUCCUUACCUACUAGUUAAAUUGCUAGCAUUGAACUGUAUUAUUUGAUUUUUGUUGAUUUGGUACAAAAUUUUCCCAAUACGCUUUUAUUUGGCCUGGAAGGCAACAUUAAUGGUACAGUUGAGCUGUUCUUAUAAUUCAGAAUAAACAUGUUGCUUUGAAGAGUUAUCUAAUAUCUUUCAUCUUACUUAGUAUUGGAGCAAAUAGUCAAGGGAUAUCAAAUCAGUAACUGGUCAUGAUCAUGCAUCUGGAAGUACAUGGAAGAUCAUUAACUCUCUUUUCUUUUUCCUCACGUGGUUUAAAAAUUAAGGUGCACAUUAUUGGAAUAAUGAAAUUGUGCUACUCAUUCUAGUAUGUUCUAAGAAACAGGCAGUUGAUGUAUGUUUAUAUUUUAAGUCAGCUGUCAAGGGGAGACCACAGCCUUAGUAUGACAGCCUGCACAGUUUGUGAAGUGUUUAUUCUACAGAGGGCACAGUCUUGUUUAUAUUUUCUGCACAUUCAGUGUAUUUGUCAUUUAAAUUAUUUAAGAUUUAACUUGUGAAAGCUUUAAUAUGAUUUCUGGUAUUUUAGAAAUAUAUUAGAGUCUGUGAGUCUCAUUCUUUAAAAUACAGAUGUGUGAAUUUCAAUAUAAAGUUGCAUUUGCCAAAACUUAACUGUGUAGCCUGUUAUUUUCUUGGAAUAAGUUUUAUAGUUUUUGACAGUUAAAAAAUUUUUGGACCUGGAAAGCAAGCACAAACUAGGAAGACUAGCUUUAAUAUAGUUUUUUUUUAUUUUUAUUGCUCACUAUUAAUUUAGAAAUGGAAAUGCAUAAAUGAUAGGGAGUAUAAAGCUGAUACACCAACAAAUUAUAUUAUCUGUAAAAGCAUUAUUUGAUAGCUUAUUAUAAUUAUCUUUCUCUUUAUUUUUAUAAGCCAGUAACAUUUAGAGACAUAUCUGUGUAGUUGGUUAAUUCAGAAUUUUCAUAUAAAUAUCACAUUUUAAUUUGUGGCAGAGUAGAAAUUUGGGAUUCUAAAUAUUUAGCUUGUAAGAAGAAUAGUUUACAAUAAUGUUAUGACAAACCAGACAAGCUGUUAUUGUUUUUUUGUUUGUUUUUCAUUGUUUUUAUU